AUGGCUUUGGAGACCCGCCUGGGACGUUUGGAUGGCAUACUCUCGUAUCUCCACGAUCAAAUGGUUCUGAAUGAUGAGGAGAGGGAAGAGGUGGUCAACCCACCCACCAAGAGCAGGACCAAACAGAACCAAACACUGCUGGACAUGGUUGUACGUAAGGGAGAUCAUGCUCAAGAACACUUCUACCAUGGUCUGAAAAAAGAAGACCCUUACCUGGUGAAGGACCUGGAAGAGAAGAAAUCCCGACCAGAGCAGGCUGGAUUCCUGUUUAGUGGACCACAGUACGUGGUCCCGCUGCUUGGUUCUGGAAAGAGGGAGAUAGAAAAACUGCAGAAGACCAUUAAGCAGAAGAAUAAAGAACUGCAAGAAGUAAAGGCUUGUAUUAAACAGUUACAUCCCAAAGUCAGAACAGAUAAUCAGACACAGACAGAAGAGGACAACGAUCCACAACUCCUGCGAUACGAAGCAAUAAAUAAGGACAACCGGAUCGAAGAGUUGAGUGGAAUUAAAGCACAGUUGGAAAAAGAGUUGAGGACAGCUGAAGAAGAGUUGAAGCGCACUGAAGGAAAGUGGAGGAGAACUGAAGAAGAGUUGAAGAGAACUAAUGCAGAGUUGGAAGAACAGCUGAGGACAGCUGAAGAAGAGUUGAGAAGAACUAAAGAAGAGUUGGAAAAAGCGAAGAAAGCGGAAGGGUCAAAGAAAACAACUGAACUUUUUAAAAAACGAUAUAAAGAGUUGAACAGGAAGUUUCCUACCUCUUAUUGUAACGAAGAAACACAUAAGAAGAAUAUCAAGAUAGAUAGGCCAUAUGAAAUGACUCAACGGUCCUUUAUUGCCUCUUCAGCCAACCCUUCUACUCCCACUGGUCAAGCCUUUAUCACUAAACACAAGACGGAGUUGGUGAACCGACUGGGACUCUUGUCGCCCAUACUUAUGCGUCUCCAGGUUCAAAGAGUUCUGAGCCAAGAGGAGAUGGAGGAGGUGGAAAGUAAACCCACCAGGUCCAAACAGAAUCUAGCCUUGCUCAACAUGGUUGUGCCGAAGGGAGCUGUCGCCCAAGAGUACUUCUACCAAGCCCUGAGAGAAUCAGACCUUUUGUUGGUGGAGGAUCUGUGCAAUUGUCGUAAAUAGGACCCCAGGUCUCAGGCAAGAUGACGUGACUGAGUAAGGCCUAAUGUGUACCAAACAACGUCUAAACACAACAUGCGGACACACAUUUAUCUUGCUCUCUCAUUAAUUUCAGUUGACUUAAUGUGUAUGGUAUUACUAAGGUUGCAAAGGGAGGGUAUAUUACUGGUAACUUUCAAAGUUUACCAGUAAACUACCAGAAUGUUGGUAACUUUCCAAUCUCUAAAUUAUGUCCCGAGGGCAAGAUUCAUGUCAAUAAACGUCAACCUGCUAUUUUAUCUUGAACCAUAUAAUCUAUCAACUAGAAACUCAUGGACAAUAUAGACACAUAUAUAAAAUGUAAACUAUAUAUGAUUUUUUUAUUUAUUCAAGUAUAAAUUACGGAAGUUACAUUAGAUUACCAUUGAUUAAUUGUCAAUUACCAAAAAUCAAGAAAAUUCAGGUUACUUUAGGAAAUGACUGGUAGCUGUGCAACCCUAGGUAGUAUCUGCAUUUAUUAGCUCUACCUGAGAGAAACAGACUGUGGAAAGAUCUGGAAGAGCCAGAGCUGGUUGGUGUGUAAUAACGUGUUCCAACAUCACAUAGGACAGGACAUCAUGCCCUCUCACCAGUGAAAUGCUGCAGUUAUAAGUUAUCUGUGCUGUCUACCGGACAAAGAGCCUGUCAAUUUCUAAGAAGAGGGGUUAACUUGAGACAGUUAUCUUCGGACAUGCAUUCAGAGGGGUGAAGCAUUUGACAAAAUAUACUCUUCAGAAAGGACAAUAUUCCUCAACAUGACAAGUUAAUUAUGUAUUAUCUUUUACUGUACAUGAUCUGUCUGCAGCAUUGUAAAUGUUUAACUGUCUUGGAUAGCCCCCCAGGUCUCAGGGAAGUUGACUUGACUGUGAAAAGCUUAUGUAUAACAAUCUCUGCUACACAGGUGUACUAACUGAACACAAUCAGCUCAGGGUAGGUAAAUAACCUGAUCAGAAAAACUUUGUGGAUGAAGCUUGACACCCCCUGGUGUUAUGGUGGAAGGACAUUGUGGACAAUGUUGUUUUUUUAAUCUUACUCUUUACACCAGGGAUCAUCAACUAGAUUCAGCAGCAAGACCAUUUUCUUGUUGAGUGGAUGGUGCGUGUGGCCGGAACAUAAUCACAAAUAAUUGUAGACUGCAAAUUGACUGCAAGAAGCCCAAACAGAUAUAAGGUUUGACUAAACAUAGUAAUUUCAAACCUGGCUUACAUUUGUUCACGAUCACGUUUCUCUCUAUUAUGCAUGGGAAUACUUGGGAACAGAUUUCUUAAAUUAAAAUCACAUGGAGCUGAUUUCCUGGUGUUUUUACAGUCUUUUGUGUCCAAUGAAUUUAAAAUAGAAUAAAAACAGUUGGGGGUUUUUUGCUCAGAAAAAUUGGCGGGCCAAAUUAGCCAAAUUCAUCCCGCGGGCCUCAGUUGGGGAACCCUGCUUUACACUGCAUAAUCUUUUGAGCCUUAAUCCAAAUCUCAAAAUAGUGUCACGGAUUCCCCUGGUACUGCUGCUCAUUCCGUUCACCAGUUCCGGAGGUCUACGUCACCAUCCUCUAGGCACUUGUUAUUAUGGGUCUCGUCCUGUGUAUUUAUUAGAGGUUUUACCUCGCUCUUUUGUUUGGGUUACAUCCCUGUGUUUUUGUAUACGAGUUUGUUUUGGGCUUCGUCCCCGUGCCUUUUCAUGGCAGGUUGUAUAUUUUGGGAGGAGUAUUUAAAAACCCCUAUUACGAAUUAUUGCGCCUGUCUCCAAUCAUUUAUACAAUGUGACAAAUAGCUGUAUGUUUCAACUUUAUUAUUCUGGCACUAACACUUGCAGUUGUCUUUUAUUACUAGCACUGAUUUCACUGAUAGCAGCUUUAUACAUUUUUACUUGCAGUGACUGAUAUCUUACCUACCUUAGAUGAAUUUACUGACUGCAUGUCUCUCUGGAGAAGAGGCCUGCUAAAUGACCUAAAUGAAAAUAAAUAUGAACGUCUGUUACUGUAUUUUAUAUUUUGUUGGUUUGGUUUAUGCCCCCUUUCUGAUUUUCUCUAUUUUUGCAUAUUUGUGAUACUGAAUGCU